AUGUUUCCUUGCUGUCGAAAGGCACAGGCUGAAUUUUGGGAUAUAAUGAAGAGAAGUAGAGAUGGGAGUGUGGGUGGAGUUGUGCAUUCAUUUGGUGGUACCAAGGAAGCAGCAGCUGCUUUGAUUGACUUGGAUCUCCUUGUAGGAUUUAAUGGCUGCUCACUGAAAACUGAGGCUAAUUUGGAAGUUUUGAAGUCAAUACCUACAGACAAAUUAAUGGUUGGGGCUGACGCACCUUGGUGUGGAGUCAAAAGUACACAUGCUGGUUCAAAAUAUGUAAAAACUUUAUUUUCUACCAAAAAGAAAUGGGAAAAUGGACCCUGUUUGAAAGACAGAAAUGAACCCUGCUGUAUAGUUCAAAUACUGGAGAGAUGAGGAUCCACUGGAAUUAGCCAACACACUGUAUAACAAUACCAUUAAAGUAUAUUUUUCCUGACAUUUAAUUGAUGGAUUUGGAAUUCUCAUGUCAUGUUCUAGAGCAAAUUCUCACUGGAAUUUUCACUGAAAUUUCAUUUUAAUGGUUCACUAAUGUUGGAAGAGUUGACAUUUUUAUAGUAUUGAGUGUUCCGAGUAGAAACAAGCUGAAAGAUUACUUUUUCCAAGAUUCCUUGGCCACGUGACUAAGUUCUGACCAAUGAAACAGCAGUGGGUGUUUGAUGUGGGACUUUGAGGAGUCUCCUUCCUAAAAGGGAAAGAGGGAGAGAACACGUUUCAUUUUGCUGGAGCGAUAUCUCCAGGACUAGCCAGUAGCCAUGGCGAACUGUGUCACCAAGGAAAAAGAAGGGAUGUGUCAGUGGCUGCUGCUGACCUCGGGUCAGCUGGGGCUGCCCUGCAGCCCAGCACUGCGAAGGCUCGGUGUAACCGGGCUUGGCUGUGUGCAGGGUCUGGAAGGGUGAAAGUCAAGUGACACACCUUUGUCAUCUCUAUUGUUUUUGUAAAAACCUGUAUAUAAAUUUCAUAAGGCAUGUAGA